GGCUGCGGGCGGCCCACGUCCCCGGCUGGCGCGGCCGGUGGUGGCGGUGGCGGUUGAGACUGGGAUCUUGCAGUUCGCGGCGGCGCUGGGGCGCAGCCAGGCGGCCGCGCCGGUGGAGACCGAGGCUGAGCUCUGAGCCAGCCGUGGGCACAGCUUUGCCUGCCCCCCAGGAGCAGACCCCACGCACCCUUAGGCUGUCCCUGGGGUCGAGUUGAGCCCCCUACGGGUGCCCUUUUAUCUCCUUGGGUGACUACAGCGUGUGUUUUGUUUUUCUUCCUUCUUCCCCUACCCGUGUGCCCUUCUCCAGGAUGGCAGAGGCGGAAUUGCACAAGGAGAGACUGCAAGCCAUAGCAGAAAAAAGAAAGAGGCAGACGGAAAUAGAAGGGAAGAGACGACAGCUUGACGAGCAGGUACUGCUGCUCCAGCAUUCCAAGUCCAAAGUGCUUCGGGAAAAAUGGCUGCUGCAGGGUGUACCGGCGGGAACAGCAGAGGAGGAGGAAGCCAGGCGCAGGCAGUCUGAGGAGGAUGAAUUCAAAGUCAAGCAGUUGGAAGAUAACAUUCAGAGGCUGGAGCAGGAAAUACAAGCGCUCGAAAGUGAAGAGUCCCAGAUAUCAGCCAAAGAGCAGAUCAUCCUCGAGAAACUGAAGGAGACAGAGAAAUCCUUCAAGGACUUGCAGAAGAGUUUCUCCACUGCUGAUGGAGCUAUAUACGCCAUGGAAAUUAAUGUGGAGAAAGACAAACAAACAGGAGAGACCAAGAUUCUCUCUGCAUCCACCAUUGGCCCAGAGGGGGUCCAUCAGAGAGGAGUCAAAGUCUAUGAUGAUGGUACCAAAGUAGUGUAUGAGGUGCACUCAGGAGGCACCGUGGUAGAAAACGGAGUCCACAAAUUAAGCGCAAAGGAUGUGGAAGAGCUAAUUCAGAAGGCUGGACAAUCGGGCUUCAGAGGACACAUGUCAGAAAGGACUGGUGUUGCAGAUAGGAGCCUGGGCCAUCCCAAGGAACACAUGCUCUGCAAAGAGGCCAAGUUAGAAAUGGUGCAAAAGUCCCGGAAAGAUCAGUCUUCGGGAAACCCCGGGCAGCAGGCCCAGCCCCCCAGCACAGAAGGGCCAGAGGCAAACCUGGAUCAACCAGUCACCAUGAUUUUUAUGGGCUACCAAAACAUCGAGGAUGAAGAGGAGACUAAAAAGGUGCUAGGCUAUGACGAAACCAUCAAGGCCGAAUUAGUGCUGAUUGAUGAGGACGAUGAAAAGUCGUUAAGAGAGAAGACAGUGACGGAUGUGUCCACAAUCGAUGGGAACGCAGCCGAGCUGGUGUCCGGAAGGCCCAUGUCAGACACCACAGAACCCUCAUCCCCAGAAGGCAAGGAAGAGAGCCUGGCCACAGACCCGGCCCCAGCAUCCGGGUGGUCUACUGUGCUGCUGCAGGGAGAUGAAGUGACUGCAGAUCCCAUAGGAACCGCCGCAGACAUGGCUAUCCAGAAGCCUCCCCAGCUUUCUGAGGAUGCUAACCAGCUGAGAGGCAAGCAAGACAACUGUGGUGACAGUCGCCUGGAGCCUGCCGCCAGCUCUCUCUCCCCAGAUCACAAAAACAUGGAAAUUGGGGUGUCCGUGGCAGAAUGUAACAGUGUACCUGGAGUCACCUCUACCCCCCAUUCCAAGGACCACUCCUCCCCUUUCUAUUCGCCCUCACACAAUGGCCUCCUCACUGAUCACCACGAGUCUUUAGAUACCGAUGUUGCCAGAGAGAUCCAGUACCUAGAUGAGGUGCUGGAGGCCAACUGCUGUGAUUCCUCUGUGGAUGGAACUUACAACGGAAUCUCCUCCCCAGAGCCCGGUGCAGCCAUACCAGUAAGCAGCUUGGGCUCACCUGCCCACUCGGCCGCUGAGACAGAACCCACUGAGAAAGCCUCUGGUAGGCAGGUGCCUCCUCAUAUCGAGCUCCGCAGAAGCCCCUCCGACAGCAUGGCUGAAGGAGAAAGAGCUAAUGGACACUCCACUGACCAGCCCCAAGACUUGCUGGGGAACAGCCUGCAGGCACCUGCCAGCCCCAGUUCCUCUACCAGCUCCCGCUGCUCCUCCCGAGACGGGGAGUUCACGCUCACCACCCUGAAGAAGGAGGCCAAGUUUGAGCUGCGUGCCUUCCACGAGGACAAGAAGCCCUCCAAGCUCUUCGAGGAGGACGAGCGCGAGAAGGAGCAGUUUUGUGUCCGGAAAGUGAGGCCCUCUGAAGAGAUGAUAGAGCUGGAGAAGGAGCGGAGGGAGCUCAUUCGGAGUCAGGCUGUGAGGAAGAAUCCUAGCAUCGCCGCCAAGUGGUGGAAUCCUCCCCAAGAAAAGACUAUCGAGGAACAGCUGGACGAGGAACAUCUGGAGUCGCACCGGAAGUACAAGGAGCGCAAAGAGAAAAGGGCGCAGCAGGAGCAGCUACAGUUACAGCAGCAGCAGCAGCAGCAGCAGCAGCCGCCGCCGCAGCCGCAACCCUGCACAGCCCCAGCUGCCCACGAACACCUCGACGACGGCAUUGAGCACACAAAGGAGGAUGUCGUCGCAGAGCAGAUUGACUUCUCGUCUGCACGCAAGCAGUUCCAGCUGAUGGAGAAUUCCAGGCAAACGCUGGCCAAGGGCCAGAGCACACCGAGGCUGUUCUCUAUCAAGCCUUUCUACAAACCUCUUGGAUCCAUCAACUCGGACAAGCCACCGACCAUCCUGCGACCAGCUCCCGUCGGGGGGAAUCUGGAAGGCAGUGGCACACAGGCAGCCAAGGAGCAGAAAGCUCCCUGUGUAUCUGAGAGCCAGUCUGCAGGUGCGGGUCCAGGUAACGCUGCCACUCAGGGAAAGGAAGGGCCAUACAGUGAGCCUUCCAAACGUGGGCCCUUAUCUAAACUGUGGGCAGAGGAUGGAGAGUUUACAAGUGCCCGGGCCGUCCUGACUGUGGUCAAGGAUGAAGAUCAUGGGAUUUUGGACCAGUUUUCAAGAUCGGUCAAUGUAUCUUUGACCCAGGAGGAGCUGGACUCAGGUUUGGAUGAGUUGUCAGUGAGGUCUCAGGACACCACUGUCCUGGAAACUCUGUCCAAUGACUUCAGCAUGGACAACAUAAGUGACAGUGGAGCUUCUAAUGAGACACCCAAUGCCCUUCAGGAGAACUCACUGGCCGAUUUCUCUCUGCCUCAGACUCCGCAGACAGACAACCCCUCGGAGGGCCGAGAAGGGGUCUCCAAGUCAUUCAGCGACCAUGGUUUCUAUUCUCCUUCCUCCACACUGGGAGAUUCCCCGUCCGUUGAUGACCCCUUGGAAUACCAGGCCGGGCUGCUGGUGCAGAACGCCAUUCAACAGGCCAUAGCAGAGCAGGCAGAUAAGGCUGAGGCACACAGCAGCAAGGGGGGAUCAGAACAGCAGGAACCUGAAGCAAUGGUGGAGGAGGCUGGAAGCCGGGCUCCUGGCUCUGAGAAGCCCCAGGGCACGUUUGCACCACCUCAGGUGUCCUCUCCUGUUCGAGAGAAAAGGGAUGUAUUACCAAAGAUCCUCCCUGUGGAGGACAGGGCACUCAGGGAAAAGGGGCCCUCCCAGCCACCCACGGCUGUGCAGCCCAGUGGUCCAGUCAACAUGGAGGAGACCAGGCCUGAAGGGGGGUACUUCAGCAAGUACUCAGAGGCAGCCGAGCUGAGAAGCACAGCCUCCCUCCUGGCUACUCAAGAGUCUGACGUCAUGGUUGGGCCCUUCAAACUGAGGUCAAGGAAGCAGCGGACUUUGUCCAUGAUUGAGGAAGAGAUCCGGGCGGCCCAGGAAAGGGAGGAGGAGCUAAAGCGGCAGAGGCAAGUGAGGCAAAGCACCCCGAGCCCCAGGGCCAAGAAUGCCCCGUCGCUGCCCUCUAGGACCACCUGCUACAAGACUGCUCCAGGGAAAAUAGAGAAAGUCAAACCUCCUCCAUCCCCCUCAACUGAAGGUCCCAGCCUGCAGCCUGACUUAGCCCCAGAAGAGGCUGCCGGAACCCAGCGGCCCAAGAACCUGAUGCAGACCCUCAUGGAAGACUAUGAGACACACAAAUCUAAAAGGCGCGAGAGAAUGGAUGAUAGUAGUGUCCUGGAGGCCACACGGGUUAAUCGGAGGAAGAGUGCUCUGGCCUUGCGCUGGGAGGCAGGGAUUUAUGCCAACCAGGAAGAGGAGGACAACGAAUAAACCUCCUUCAGCCCAGGAAACUCCUUUGCUGAAGGAGUUUCCACAAAGAAACCAAGAAACUAUUGAAUCAGAAGCAUUUUAAUAGACGACUUAUUAAAGUGCAUACAACAACCCUCAUGUAGACCAGAAGCUGCAAUAUACAAUGAUAAAAUAAAACAAAACAAAAAACAGCAAAGCGAAGUGAACAGGAAGUUCACCCAUCAAACUCUGAGACCAGGGGCAGUAGAGAAAGGAUAUCUUUGUGACUCAAGGAAGCCCCUGGCUUUGGACCAUUCCACAACUGAUCCAAAGGGACACAGACGUGACAAACAAGUCAAGAUAGUAGCUGCAGGCAGAACUAAAGCCAGCCUUGGCUGGGUGUUGUGGAGGAGCAAACAGUGAUGUGGCCAUUCCAAGGCAAAGCAACAGGGCCCAGGCUGGAGCCCCUACCACACCCAGGCUAACUCUCCACACCAGCUUCCCACCCCUUUCUUGCCUGAGGCAUCAGAAGUGUGGGAUUGACUCCAUUUUCUCCAGCAGCCAUAACAAUGAAUGGUGUUUCUUUCCAUAGUUGCCCCAAAAGGGGGGCAAUGGGGAGUCAAUCUCUCUUACAUGUAAUCAUUUGAAACUGGGAACACCUAAUGGCCACAAUAUAUAAGGUCCGUAUUUUUAAGGCAAUAUCUCUUCAUGUUGCAGAUGCAAUCAAUUCUACAGCAGGAGGUUGAGGAUGGUGGGGGG